AUGCAAUGGUAUUGUCGCAAUUUACUCAAUCCAUGGUGGCAUUUGGCUAGACGAGAGCUUUAUAAGCCCAAGAGCUCACGCCGGCGAGGUCCACAGUAUUCACCAGCUCGAUCCAUGGCUCCAUUAUUUCACAUGGAAGCUCUGCUUCCGAGCUCGAUCUCUCCCAAGAUCAAUACCAUCCUCCACUCCCACAUCUACCCGCAGGUUGGCCAUGUCUUUCGCGCCCUGGCCAAGUUCAAGUCGUUGCUCCUCGACGUCCUAAGCAAGAAGAGGGCGCCGACGAGAGGCGGCGGCGGCGGCCAGAAGUACGCCAUCGGCUACCGGUCGAGGCCGGAGAAGAGCAAGAAGAGGAUUAUCAGCAAGGUCGCCGGCUUCAUGAAGCUGCGCUUCACCUGGGCCGCCGCCGCCGUCGUCGCGCCGGCUCGCGCCAAGGAUCUGGAGCUUCACUAUCACCCGUACUGCCACGACGACUCGACGUGGAACGUGGUGGUUCCGGCGGCCGAGGCGGCGGAGGAGCUGCGCGGCGGCGACGACUCGGAAGACUGCGGGUACCUGUGUUGGCUCGAGGAGGCGACGUCGCCUGAUGCAUUGCCGGCUGCCGAAGAAGGAGAAGACGGUGGCGGCGGCGGCGGCGGCGACAGCGCGAUGAACGAGAUCGACAGGCUCGCCGAGAGGUUCAUCGCGAGGUGCCAUGCCAAGUUCUUGCUGGAGAAGCAGGAGUCGUACCGGAGGUACCAGGAGAUGAUGGCCAGGAGCAUCUGAGAUUCUGGUUCGUUCGUGGCAUCGCCGGCGUCCGGCGACCCAUCGGAAAAUUUACUGCACAGCUUGGUUUUCUGAAUAAUCUGUAUAACUUCAGAUCAAACUCGAUCAGCGACAUUAACGCGAUACAAAUGCAGUGUGUUCGUGGUUCAACAUGUGCCAUGAACUGAGAGAUCGGCGGGUUGCUUCUCGAUAUGGAAGAAAUGCUUGGGCUUUGUUGGCUUAAUGUACAACUUGAUUAGGAUACCUUUUAAAAAAGGAACUUGAUUAGGGUAGUCCAAGGAUUUAUGUUCUAAAGGCAGCAAUAAUAUCAAUCGGAUCGUAAGUUGUAAA